AUGAUUCGCUUCUUUAUGCCGUCGACAACCAUCCUGCUCCAGGACCCUGCCUUUUCCCCCUGGUUCGUCAAGAUCAAGCACAGGUCUCGCGCCGCCUCUUCGCCGAAGCUGAAACGGACGGCCAAAGGAGGGACGCAAUACUACAGCCAACCUCUGCCUCGGGUGGUGCUUCCCGAAGCGUACAUGAUGUCGAGCCGGUGGUACUACGAAUCAGGCCCAUCGGGCAAGCCGCAAUACAUACCCAUCAAGCGUUCUCACUCUCACGGCCAUCAUCAUCACCACCACCACCACCACCGCCGCUGGCGCCUCCAUCCCGAUCAUGACGUCAUCGAGGUCGACCGUGAAGAGUGGAAUCGACUCAUCGAGCGCAAGGGCAGCCUCGAAGACGCCAACAAGAGCCUUCUCGCCGACAUCGCCGCCUUGAAGGCGAGCCUGUCUACAGCCCAAGCGGAAGCCCACCACCUCUGUCACAUUGUCGUGCCUCAGCUCCAGGGUCAAGUCAACGCCCUCGUCGCCGACAACGAAGCCCUGCGCCAGACCAUCGAGAAGUCGACCGACGGCUCGGCCAAGCACUGCCGCGAGCUGGAGAGGCUGCGGAAGAUGAUGGAAGAGCUCGAGCGGGAAAAGUGCCAUCUCGCCAAGGAGAACGAAGAGCUGAGGGACAAGAUAAAGUGCCUCACGAGGCAGCUCGAGGCAGGAUGCGGCCGUCGCCUCUCGGAUCUGCUGAGGGACGUGGAGUACUGGAAAGACCGGUGCAGGUUCUGGAAGCGCAAGUACGAGGACACGAGACAACGCCACGACGACAUAUGCGGCUUGCUGGAAAUCAGGACGCAGAAGAUGAGGGCAUACGAAGAAAUCUUGAGGCGACGGGGCAUCAUCUGA